ACAUAAGAAUACGGAGCAGGAAGCGAUCCUUGUCCACUUCAUGGAGUCGCCUAAAGACAUCGCUCGAGGCUUUGUUAAGGGUGACAAAGUAAAAGUUGAUGCCCUAUGGAAAGAGGUGGUGACAGAAUUAAAUCUGCAUGGUCCACCACAGAAAGAUAUUUCUGGUUGGAAAAAUGUUUGGAUGGAUUGGAAGGCCUUCAUAAGGAAAAAAGUUGCACAUAUAUAUACCGUGGUGGAAGGUAUUCCCAGCACAGCAGACUUUGGUGUCCCUUCUGAAAAUUGCGAUGUGCCUUCAGAGAUUUCCAGCGAUGAUGACAACCUCCCAUCUACAAGCAGUUCUGCUCGAUUCCGAAGACGUGAGCCUAUGGUAACCGACCACUUAAGGAAUAAUAUCGGUGAGCAGACAGGUGCCUUGAAAAGUAUUGUAGAUGAGUUGCAAGAAAAUAUUGGGGCCACAAAGGAAAUUAACACUAGCAUUCAAUGCCUUUGUGAAAGAGUAAAAGAUUUGAUUGAGGAGAACAAAAGACACCAUUUCGAAAUGGAGCGGCUGCGACAAGAAGAAAAUGAAAUGAAAUAUAAAGAGUGUUGGCGGAGCUGAAAAUGUAUUUUAAAUACCAGUGCAAACCAAACAGUAAUUAACUCCAUAAUUUCCUCUUUUAUAGUUUUUUUAAAAGUAUAAACACAGCGAUGUUUUUUUACAAUAAUAACUUAC